AUGGGCGACAGUUGCACCCCUGCCGUCUGCUCUGGGAGGCUCUUCGCGUGGCGGCGGAGCUUCGCGCGGAGGCCGCGGCCAAAGCGCCCGCCGGUGUCCCGGAAGCACGAGAGCUACACGCAGCUUUGGGAGCCAGGUGAUGAUGGUCAUUGGGCUCCUCAGCCAGUGAUGCACGGAGGACCCACCAGGAGGACUUCUCAGGUGCCGGUGAGCUAUGAGGCCUUCUACCAAGAUGAGCAGGAUGCCUUUCGGGCGCAGACCGAGCUGGAUGGGAUGCCGCUGCGGGGCUUUUCCCUCCGGGUAACUCGCCCCAGCGAGAAGUUUGCGCGCAAGGAGCCGGGCCAUGUAAAUGUGCAGGGCGUCCGGCAUGAUGUGCCUCAAGAAGAGGUCCUGGAGUUCUUGCAGGAGUGUGGCACAGUGACCAAUCUCAGGAGAUACAAUGACAUCAGAUUCGGCGAGGUGCGGUUUGUGCCACGGGCAGAACACAUGGCACUUGUCAUUCCCAAGCACUUCAAGCGAGAGCUGGACGAGACCAUGUCUCUGGCGCGGGCACUGCUGGUCCUUUGGGCCCACGUGGGGAAGUGUAUUGCCGCGCGGGUUGCCUAUGAGCGAGGUGCGAACCCCCAGCUCCAGUCUCGAGCCUUGCAGAGCGCGAUGAGCGCAGCUGCCAAGGAUCUGGGCGCCCUGGCGGUGGAGCACUUCCCGACAGCUUGGCCCUACAUCCGGGGCUACAUCUACGGGCGGAUGAAAGCGCCUGUGAUGCAAAGGUUGGAAGAGGAGAGGCAACGUAUGAAUUGGGAAGCUGCUGUGAACGCACCACUUGGGCAAGACCGGAUGCCAGAAAUCCCACGCAUGAAGCCCGGAAGUCCGCUUGUCACGGCUCACACCCAGCCUGGCAUUGCAGAUUACUUCAGCACGCUGGCUCGGUCCUUGCAGUCUGGGCAGUACCGCUAUUCAACGAGGACCGCAAGGGCAACAGCUUCUCCGCGGGGCUUUAGUUCUGCUUCCAAACCUGCCUUUGCAGAUCCCACACUAGACGUGGCGAACCGCCGGCAAGUGGCCGCUUUGAUGGGCGGCACGUGCUCCAGCUCCCAAGAGGGUGAAUGGUUUUUGCGGUUCAAGCCCAGUGGUGAGCCUGGGAGCUUAAAUUACAAACACCCCACUUCAAAGUGGACCUCACUGAUUUUGGCAGUUGGGGUCCCCCCGGUUGCCGAAGAUCUGGUACAUACGCUGUGCACUCAGAUGAUGGCGGCCAGUGACUACCACACGGUGAUUUUCCGGCGUGUGGACUCUCUGGAGAAGGCAACUGCUGCAAUUGAAGACCUGCAUCGCAGCUUUCAGGGAAAGAUCAAGCACCUAACAAUCAACAGCGCACCCGAAGCAGCGCUCAAAGCCCAUGUUUUCGGCGAUUUCAUCAGCGCGCUACGGCCUAAACUGAGUGAUGCCAGUCUUUCAACGCCCUGCCUUUUCUUACAUCCGCUGUUCAGCGCCCGCAAGGAUGAAGUGACACUCUUCGCCCAGGAACUUUCGAUCCACCUUGCAAAAGUUGAGGUGUAUGUGAUAAAGGGAGAUCCUUGCGCUGCGGGCGCCAGUUUCUUUGGAGGUUCAAUGAAUUGCAGCCAGGGUCUCUUGGCGACCUUCGUCUCCAAGGACCGAAGCGAAGCAAUCCUUCAAACUCCGAGCCAAAGCGAGCCAGGAUCUGAGGAGGGAGCCUUGUUUGACUUCUAUGAUGGAGUUACAUUUCCAGCGGACUUGCACCUGUGUAAGAUUUGGUGCAGCAUCAUCUUGGAAUGCGGACGCCUGGAGUUUACGGCUCAGGCCUUUGGCUCCAAUGAGCCUAGUCUAGGCUUGUGCGCGCUCCAUGAGUAA